AAUUAGAGAGUUUUUUUGUAAAAUGAAAUUGUUUGAUUAAAGAUUGUUUAUGUUUUUUAUAUAUUCAUUUUUAAAUUUGUUUCUGAAUUGUUUUUUCUUUCUUUAUUCAUUUAUAUUAAUAAUCAUGUCAAAACCUGAUAUGCCAAAACUUGUGACUGCACUUUUUUCCUUUAAAGGAAAAAAUAAUGAUGAAUUAUGUUUUAAAAAAGGAGAUGUAAUAACAAUAACACAAACAGAUGAAGAAGGCUGGUGGGAAGGCACAUUGCAUGACAAAACUGGCUGGUUUCCAUCUAAUUAUGUCAAAGAAUGUAGAGUUUCAGAAAACAAUAUUUUAACUAUGAAGACUUCUCCUGAAAAAAUUCUGCAAGAAUCCCCUGUGCAUCAAAAAUUAAAUCGAGAUAUUGUAUUAAAGGAUUUAAUAGAUUCUGAAAGAGUGAAUGUAGCAGAAUUGCAGGGUUUAAUAAAUAAUUUUUUACAUCCCCUAGAAUCUGCUAAUAUAUUAGAAAAAGAAGAAUAUAAACAACUUCUAGGUAAUAUACAUGAAGUUCUUGAAAUACAUCAACGAUUAUUAUCUAACUUAGAAACAACUGUGACACAAGAUUGCGUUUUGAGAGUUGGAAAUCUGUUUCUAACAUUAGCACCAAAAUUAAAAUCUAUUCAUAUAACAUAUUGUGGAAAUCAUCCACAGGCUGUAUGUAUUUUAGAUCAAUAUAGAGAUGAAUUGAAUGAUUUCAUGGAACAUAAUGGAGCAAUAUCACCGGGUAUAUUAGUAUUAACAACUAGUUUAAGUAAACCUUUUCGAAGAUUAGACAAAUAUUCUGCUAUGCUUCAAGAAUUGGAAAGGUAUACAGAAAAGAAUCAUCCUGAUAGAGGCGACACUCAGCGCAGUAUAGCUGUAUAUAGAGAAAUAGCUGAUCAAUGUGUAUCUAUACGAAAACAACGUGAAUUAGCACUUCAAGUUUUAACUAGUGGUAUUAAAGGAUGGGAGGGAGAAGAAUUAAAUUCUCUUGGAGAAAUUCUUUAUGUUGGCUCAGUCACUUUGGCAAAUGGAACUACAAGUCUAGAUCGUCGAGAUAGAUAUUUUGUUCUUUUUCCAACAACUCUUUUAGUUCUCAGUAUCAGUCCAAGAAUGAGUUCUUUUGUUUAUGAAGGAAAACUUCCAUUAACAGGUAUUACCAUUAUUCAAAUAGAAGAUACAGAUGAAAUGAGAAAUACUUUCGAAAUUACAGGACCAAUGAUUGAGAAUAUACUCGUAUUUUGCGCUACUAAAGAAGAUCAACAGCGUUGGAUUAAACUUUUAAUACAAGAACAAACAACAAAUAAUAGUCUUGUAAAAUCAUCAAUGAUAUCACGCGUGAGUCAUAAUUUACCUCCAUAUGUUCGUCUUUCAAGAUAUUUUGCAAAAUUAGUCAAGAAAAAAAUUAUACGUCUUGAAAUUCUGAAAAAAUUGCUUUAUUUGCAAUAUAUUCUGAAACCAGAUAUGAGUAACGUAAAAAUGCGAAAAACUAAUAUAACAACAUAUAUUCUUCAUCCAAUGCAAACAAACAAUCAAGAUUGCUAUUCUCAAAAUUCAGAAAACAUGGCUUUAAAUAAUAUUAAUAAAAUGAAACAUUCAUCUGUUGAAACGACACAAACAAUGUUGCGUAAGUCUACUCUGAUACUUGAAGUGAAAUAUGCAUUAGAAGAUAUUGAUCUUAGUACUAUAGGAUUAGCACAUGAUUCAUGUUUAACAGAAUUUAUAUCAGCACAAAAUGGUAUAUGUGAAAUUAGCAAAAGUUUACCAUUUAUUGGCAUUGAAAGUUCAAUCAAUAAUUUUAUGAAUAAUAAUAAUAAUGUAAAUAAUAGUUUUGUUGAUGGACAAUCUCUUUACCGAUCACGUUUUACUAAUCUUAUUCAUUCAUAUCCAAUUGGUUCUAACUUCCAUCAAGAUAUAUUUAACGAAAUGGAAAAGCACAUAGAUUCAAUAAAGUGUUGGAAAGGAAAAGGAUUCAUUGAUGAACAAAUUACCAAAAAUUCUAUACAUCAUCCAUCUGUUUUUAUAUGUAAUUCAAACAUCAAUAAACAUUGUUGCCAAUUUCAAACAUAUAUACCAAAAAAAAUAUAUCAAACAUCUGAUUUUCAAGCUAAUGUAAUUAGCGUUGGAUCGUUAGAUUCAGGAAUGGUUGAGAGUUAUUGCUUGAAUUCAUCUGAAAUUAAUUCUUCUUGUAAAUUAUGCACAUAUGUUGAUAAUAAAUAUAACGUUGAACAUCCUCUAAGAAUCUAUUCCAGCGAAAGUGAAAAUGAUGAAAGUAAAUUUGAAUAUCAAUGCAUUUGUACAUCACCUUUUGGUUCUACUCCCAGGAAUAGCAUUCAUUUAUGCAAUUUAUCGAAGCAUAUUGAAAAUGCUCAGGAUCUUUCAAUAUGCAAAACUAAUAUGAAAGAUCACAAUUCUAAGCAUAUUCUUACUACAAAUAAAAUACAAACACAAAUAAAUACAAUUUAUGUACCUUUGAAUAAAUAUGAGCAUAAAGUGCAAAAAAGAUUUACGCAACCUAUACCGUACAUACAUCAAACUAUAAUACAAAAAGUUGGAAGAAGAGUAAUUCAGCCAAGUCAUCCCAUUGUUAAAAACAAUUACAACGGAACGAAUCAAAUAUAUAAAUCAGGACUAUAUGCCCAUUGGUGGUUGAAGAAAUUUAUACCAUUGUCUGGAUGUUCAGACCAAGGCAAGCUUCCAUGGCAUGGCUGUUUUAUUUUUUUUUCUCAUUUAAUUAAUGUUUUUGCUUGUUUUAAUACUAAUUAUAUUUUUCUGAGCAUUUGCAGCCAACAAAAUGGGAAACAGCAGUUACAAGCACAGCAGCAGCAACAGCAACAGCAGCAGCAGCAGCAGCAACAACAACAACAACAACAACAACAACAUUAUCAUCAUCAUCAUCAUCAUCAUCAUCAUCAUCACAGAUCAAUCAUGGAACAUUGUUCCACCUUAGGAAUUAGAACACCUUGGAGUAUUGCUUCAUUACGACCAGCACCUCCUUCCUAUACUUUUAAAAUAUUUAAUAAAACUGACAUUAAUUUGGAUUUAUCUUCACCACGCUUAUGUAAUGAAAGACAAUUUGAAGAAGAUGCAAUUAUAUUAAAAGUGAUUGAGGCAUACUGUCUUUCUGUAAAUGCUAGAUUCACUAUGCAUUCUGGAGAAUCAACUUCAAUGUUGGAAUAUGAUUCACAUAAAAUGCAAGAAAAAGUUUCCUUAAUGAAUAACUGUGAAAAUUGGGAUUUUUGUACUAAUCGGAUAUUAUCAGAAACAGUUAGGACAUUGAAAAAUCAAAUGACAGAUUUACAAUCACAAAUGUCAUUAUUGACAAAACAAUUAGAUGAAGAAAGGCGAUCAAGACUUUUUUUAGCUGCUACAAUAAAGCGUAGUAUUGGUAUAAUGGAUAGAUCGGUAUCUUAAAUACUUAUUUAUUGAUGUUUAUUUUUAUUAUGUUUAUAUUUUUUAAUGUGACAUAAUAGGAAUGUUUUUUCUAUAAAAUAUUCGUAACUUUAUUAUUUGUAAGAAAAAAUAUAGA